GAGCCAAGUAUUUCUCCUAGUUACUCCAGAAAGAACCAAUGUAAAGUUGGGAUUGUUCUGAGAGAGAGGAACAGAUGGGAGACGAUAAGUGGAGAAUCCUAAGCUUGGCAUAAGAAAGAGUAAAAGAUGACAUAAGCAUUGUCCCCAAGAACAAGAAGCAUCACAAGGUGGGGCCACUGAAUAAAACUGAGAUGAAUUUUAAAAGCUCCCAUCUCACUUCCUUUCUCUUGUGAUAUCUCCUUCCAUUUAUUCUCCUCCAUCUACUAAGCCCUUCUUAAGAGUCGGCUGCUGCCAUACUGGGAUGGAUCUCCCUAAAACUUCCUUUUGACACCCUUUCUACUCUGAGGUUUGUGCAGAAAAUGGCAACCCAGGGUAGAGAACCAGCAAAUGGAAUGAACAUCAGUGACAACAGUGAUGAAGCAAUUGUAGAUAAGUCGGGAGAGUGGCUCAACUUGAGCCUAGGCAGGAAUUCGCCCUCAACAGCUGGAUGCUCGAGCUCACAAUCAAGGCCAGCUUCUACCAAGGUUUUCUCAUGUAACUUCUGCAUGAGGAAGUUCUACAGUUCACAAGCACUAGGGGGUCACCAGAAUGCACACAAAAGGGAGCGAGGAGCAACAAGAAGAUACCAGUCACAGAGGAUGAUGGCAGCCAUGAAUUUGCCCAUAAGCACUCCACUGAUCAGAUCUCUUGGCGUCCGGCCCCAUUCACUUGUGAAGAAACCAAGCGGAGAAGGAACAGUGACAGCGAGAUUUAAUGAUGCUAAUACAGGGCUUGCAAUGCCGCGGAUGCUAUUCACAUCUGAUGAAACAAUGGAUUCAAUAUGGCCGGGGAGCUUUCACUUGGAUCCACAGCUGCCAGAGCAACCUCCAGAGAUGCAUACGCUUGACCUGAAUCUCCGUCUCUGAGUUGCACACCCAUAUGCCUCCAGUAGGAAAUUUAACUUUCAAUCUCUGUUCGUAUUAGCACCUGAUCCUCAUCUACCAACUAGACAAACUAACUUGAGCAUGGGCACAACAAAAUUUUAAGUCCAAAUACAGUGUGGUUGUUUCUCUUGAAUAAAACUACAAGACAUGGGAAUUUCCUCCCGCCCACGCAGGUAGUUCAAAAAGACCUCAAGCAUCAUUCCAUUUUAGUGUAAUUUCAAUCCUUUAGUGGCUGAAAUGUUUGCUGGUGAAUUGUACUUGCAUAUACAAAGCUUGUAAAAAUGGGUUUACUCCUAAUCAUGCUUUGUAGUUCUGUUCUAUUUCAGUUGACAUAUAGCUCAUCCAGACUUAGGGUGACUAUAAAUCAAAUUAUCAUCAAAUAAGAUUUUAAUGA